UGUAUGCUAAUUUUUACCUGAGAUCGCGUCACCAGGUUUUCAUCUUCCUGAAUGAAGUUAUAAGUGAUAUGGAGUAACACAAAAUGAAUUCAUUGAAUCUUUUAAUUGUGGCCAUUCUGUAUUGUUUGGGAGAGAUUUGCAAAGGUCAGGGAGUUUUUGUUUCACAAGAUGAAACGAAAUGGAACGAGUCUAGAUGUACCUUGGCAGAACCAAAUAUAACCUGCAGAGAUGAUGGUUCAUGCAUUGUUGAAAAUGGUUUGGAAUUUCUUACAAAUGCAGAUGAUCAAGACAAUGGAUUUUGGAUUGGAUAUGCCAAAACAUGGAUAAGUUAUGCUUAUGUUGCAAAUUGUUUUGAAGGAUGUGGCCAAUUGAAUGGUGGAGCCGAAUAUUCUGUUUCAACUCUGGGUGAGUGUAGACGUACAACAGGAUGCAAAACAUUCGGUAUACAAAAGUCAACAACGGGUUUGCGAUGUAAAUGUGCCUGUAAACACCUGCAGGAACAAACGUGCACAGAAAAAUGUGAGGAAGCUGAUCAAUAUCCGUGUGGUCACACAGCUAACACCAACAUAUUCUCAUUUUACACUGUUGAAAAUGUUCCUCCUAGCGAACAUUCACAAGACAUUCACAGAAACUGCCUUCUGUUCUACUACGCGUAUAGACACAUAGCUGGAAAUGAUUAUUAUUGGGGCUCAUGCAAUUUAAACUACCCUCCAGUGCUAUUAUGCAGCAACAAAUAUUUUACAGAAUAUAACGCGGUGGCGGAACUACAUUAUCCAGGUUAUGGAAAUUGGACCCCGGCUGUUGAAAACUGCUUCGUUGAAGGAAAAUUCCCUGCAUCGAUACAAAGUAUUAAAAAUGUGAAUUUCACAUACGAGGACGCGCAGAACCACUGGACAGGAAUAAUGAAAAAAGAAUCUAUUAUAUCUUUGAACGAUAAACUUGAUAAUAGCACCAAUCCACCUUUGACGUAUGCAUAUGUGGAGAAGAAAAACCAGACUGUUUACGUCAGAUUUGCCAACGAAUGUGAAUCGAAAAAAAGCUUGUGCACAGGAGUAGGUCGUACAUCACACGUGACGUCAACCAAUAAUGUCAAAACAACAGAUACACAUUCGACGCGAGCACCAGCAUUGAAUACAUGUACGACAAUAUCGCAUCCGGUACAUGAAGGAACAGCAGCGUCCCCAGAUAAAGACGAAGGGGGCUCAUCGUCAGGUCUCCUUGUUGGUUUGUCCGUUUCUCUGGUAGUGCUUAUCAUUGUGACGGUCAUUGUGCUGGUGUUCUUGAAAAGAAGGGGACUUCUUACAAAGUGCUACACACCAAAGGAUGAAAAAGACAACCACAACGAAGACACAAGAACAGAAAUAUCAUUCGUGUCAACACCGACACUUGAAUCUACUACAAACACAAUAAAUGAAUUAACAGCCUCAAAUCAUUCUUAUUUUGUGCUUAAAAAAACGUUUAAUAGGGAAACCAAGGAGGAGACCGAACACUAUGCAGAGCCAGAUACGACCGAUGUUGACCAUUAUGAUUUGACCGAAAUGUCGCAGAAAGAUACUAAUGAUUACGACACAACCGAUGGCAAAAAGGGCCCAGCCAAGUCUGGAUUGGCUAAGCCAAAUAACAAUUAUAACAAACUCACGUUACAUCAAACUAAUGAGUACGAUCAUAUUCAUCAACAUGGAAGGCUGCCAAAGUCGUACAGACAAACUGAAAAUCAAUACGAUAUUUCGAAUAACCUGAUCGACGGCAAACCCAAUGAUAAUUUCGGUGCGGACAGUAAUACAUAUAACCAUUUGAACAAACAUGAACUGAAGAGCUCUGGCACGGAUAACGUUUAUGGAAAGUCAGAAACAGAUGGCGAUAGUGGAUAUGAUACUUCCAGUGCUCUAAAACCUCGUAGGAAUAAAGAUGCAAACGAUCAGCAAGCUGAUUAUGCCGUGAUAAAAAAGAAAUGGUAAAAUUAUGUGCCAGUUAAAAGCUAUUUAUGUACAUGACAUAAUCAGAUUCCACAAAAUAUGAAAGAAAUUGACAUUGCAUGCAGUGAUUUUCAACUUAACCAAGACACAUGUUUCCGACUAAUCCCAUUCGUGUAGGUUUGCCCCUUACUAUUUGUACAUAAACUAAUCAAAAUGGGCUCAUUAAUCAGUUAAGCACAACAUGAUCCUAAUGCCUUUUUUGGAACGAAGAGACAGUCAAUUUGUAUCGCCUUGAUAACAGCUUCGGUCUUCAGUUUCAACUCUUCUAAGAGUUUCGUUUAUCACCACGCAGACAUUGCGAGCGUAUUUUAAGGUUUCGAUUUAACUAUUCGCUUGAAGUGAAACCAAUGCAACAUGUUCAUGUAUAAACACCUUAUAUUGUAAUAAGUCCGUUUCUUUAGUUGUAGAUUCCGCGUUAUUCGUAACAGAGUACGCAAAAUCGCUGACGACGUCAGUCGGUGUUUAUUUUAUGUUGAUUAACAUGCCGUAUAUGUUGCACUUGAAUCAAAGUUCACAUGGUAAUUUUCGGCGGAGAGAAAUUCGCGAUCAUUUAAUGCUUUAGAAAAUGCACAUGCUAAGUUUAUUUGUAUAGAGUAUUAUAUCGCUUUUACAUAAUUAAUAUUAAUUCUUUACCAUUCUAUCCAAUUUUGCGUUUGUGUUUUUAUCACUUAUGUACGUUCAGUGUUGAAUUAGCUGUUUCUUAUAGCCAUAAACACUUCAGUUUUUAGCAAAUAAAGUAAUAAAAUUGUU